AUGUUGGCAACGUCAAUCUUUGCAGCCGCCAUCGGCUUUGGGUCACUCGUUACAGCCCAAUUCGGUCUCACUGACAAUGAUGAUAGCUAUGUUGUCAAUGCUGGCUCUGCGAACUCACUUGUCGCCACAGUCGACAAAGCUAGCUGCGACGUGACCUCAAUCGUUUACCGCGGGGCGGAGCUACAAUCCUCGAGCAAAUAUACUCAUAUUGGAUCCGGUCUGGGAAGUGCAACUGUGUCUGCUCAGACAAUUGAUGACCAAUAUGUCAAGGUCACUUGCGAGACCGACACACUUACGCACUACAUCGUGGUCAAGUCAGGCGAGGCGAAUCUGUACAUGGCCACUUACACUUCAGCUGAGCCGGAGAUCGGAGAGCUGCGAUACAUCGCUCGUCUCGACAACAGCAUCUUGCCCUCAAGCUACCCGUUCGGCGACGUCUCUACCACUGUCGGCAGCACCGAGACGAUCGAAGGCUCAGACGUCUUUCUAGUCGACGGCGAAACUCGAAGCAAGUUCUAUUCGUCUGAUCGCUUCAUCGAUGAUCACGUCCAUUGCGUAUACGGGGACGACACCCAUGCAUGUUUUGUCAAACCGGCUCUGGCGUACGAAGCCGCUUCAGGUGGUCCAUUCUUCCGAGACAUCGACACUAACAAUGGAGGGGACUACACAUCUCUUACCUUCUAUAUGAACUCAGGCCACGUUCAGACUGAAGCAUUCCGCAUGGGCUUACAUGGACCGUAUGCCUUGACAUUUAGUAGAAGCGGUGUCCCAGCGUUGGCAGACUUCGACUUCUCCUUCUUUGCUGAUCUGGACAUCCAAGGGUAUGUGGCAGAAUCUGGCCGUGGAUACGUCUCGGGGACAGCUUCUGGGGUUGGCAGCGACUACCAGACUGUGGUGGCAUGGUCGAACGACGAGGCGCAGUACUGGGCAUAUGCGUCGACGGAUGGUAGUUUCACAUCUCCUGCCGUGAAGCCAGGGACAUACACCAUGAAGCUGUACCAAACCGAGCUGGAGGUCGCCUCUCAAAGUGUGGACGUUUCAGCAGGAUCAACGACGUCCAGCGACAUCGCCAGCACUCUAACCGCCCCAACCACGAGCCUCUGGACCAUCGGCUCCUGCGACGGCCAACCAACAGGCUUCCUCAACGCGGAUAAGCAGCUCAGAAUGCACCCUUCCGACUCCAGAAUGUCCGACUGGGGACCCACAGAUUUCGUCGUGGGAGAGGCCAACGCCACUGACUUCCCCAUGGCUCUGUUCAAAGCCGUGAACAGUGGACAGAACAUCACCUUCAGCCUUGAAGACGCGAGCAGCGACGCCACUUUACGAAUCCGCACGACCCUCGCGUUCGCCAGCGGACGUCCACAGGUCGUCGUCAACACUUGGACCGCCGAUGCUCCAGACGCCCCCACGAAGAUCGACAGCCGUGGUGUCACAAGGGGUGCGUAUAGGGGCUAUGGCGAGGCGUACGAGGUCGAUAUCCCCAGCAGCGAGCUGGUCGCUGGGCAGAACAGUAUCCAGAUCAAUGUCAUUUCGGGCAGUUCUGGGGAUGAGUUCCUUUCGCCGAAUUUUAUUCUGGACUGUAUUGAGUUGUACAGAUGA